GUGUGGCCGUCAUUCCGGUGCUGCAACGGACCCUCCACUACGACUGCAUGGUCCUGGUGAAGCAAUUCCGGCCUCCCCUGGGAGCCUAUUGCCUGGAAUUCCCCGCAGGCCUCAUUGACAGCAAUGAAUCUCCCGAGACAGCUGCCCUCCGCGAACUGGAAGAAGAGACAGGUUACAAAGGGGACAUCCUGGAAUGUUCUCCAGCUUUGUGCUUAGAUCCUGGGCUGACAAAUUGUGCGUCACACAUUGCGACCGUCACCAUCAACGGAGACCUCCCGGUCAACCUGAAGCCGAAACAAAAGCCCGAGGAAGGAGAGUUCGUGGAAGUCGUUACGCUACCAAAGAACGAUUUAAUGCAGAGAAUUGAAG